AGACGAUGACUGUAGAUGUCAGAGACAAGAGAUUUGCUACAUCAUCGAAGAGAGUCAACAACUAUGGGCGCGCCAUCGACUGUUACACCCGUCACGAGGGUAAUGUGAGAAACAGCUGCGGUCCAAAGGGCACGUUCCAUAUUGACACCACAGGAACAGGCCUUGUUUUUAACAGAACGCUGGAAUGGCAUCUAACAACGGGAAAGUCUUGGGGAACCCUAAAUAAAUCAGCUGACGGGACCGUCAUAGAUAUCCUAGGAGGUGGGUAUUGUGGAGGAUUCAGGCCGUAUGAACCAAUGACGUUGGAGAUAAAUCCACUAGAGGUUGUGGGCGACACGACCGAUGACGUCUGUGCUUAGAAGACUCACAUCCGGACAAACGCAACCUCAAGCUUUGUGUGUUUGUCCACAUUUAAAACUGGGCGGCAAAAGAAAGUAUAGGUCGAGUUCCAUGAUCGAUAAAAAAAAUAACAAGAAGAGGUUUUGUUGUGAAUUAUAAUAUAAUCUAGGGAGGGGUAACAAAUGAUUG